UCUGCACUAUAAUAAAUAAAUGCAUUUUAACCAAUUUUUAACUGUUUGCUAAAAUGCCAAAUAAAACCGAGGAAGUUGGCGAUUUUCAGCUAACCAAGAGGCAAGGACGCCAGCGAAGGAAGCAGACAAUCUGGACGCGCGAGAAGAUUUCCAAGCUGAUUGAACUGUACCGAUCUUCGGAUUGUUUGUGGAAUCACUACUCUGAUUUGUAUAAAAACAAGGACUGUCGAACCAAGGCCAUUGAUUCCAUAUGCACGGGCCUCGGGAUAACGAAAAACGACUAUGGCAAGAAAAUACACAACCUACGCAACCAAUACAACUCGGAACUUAAGAAAUUGGAGCGACGCCUUGAGGUAUCGGGAAGUUCUUCGGCGGAAAAGACCUGUCGCUGGGAGCACUUCAAAUCCCUGAUGUUUCUACGCUCCGUUAUUGAACCCCGACCAGGAUAUCAGCAGGGUCCUCAAUGCAAGAAACUAAUCACAAAGGUGGACUUUAGCUACGCCGAACAGGAAGUGUCAAAACAGAGUCAGUCUUCAAUAGAAAACCUGGAAUCAUUGAUCAUGGAAAACGAAACAGAAGUCGUUGAGCAGCCAAAAUUCAGCGAACCUAUUCCAAUGCCUACAGAACCUGCGCCAUCCUUUAAAUUAUCUGCUCCAAGUCGCCUGGCAGAGACACCCACCAUUUCAGCUCCUGUCCACAUCCCACCAAGUGGUCGGGACCAAUGGGAUGCCUUUGGGGAACUAAUCGCCAGUGAAUUCCGAAACCUCAACUCUGAGAUUUCACGCAAAAGGCUAAAGCGAAAAAUAAUGCAAGUUAUGCUGGAAGUGGGGGAAGAAGAUGAUCUGGAGUACCCAAGUACAAACAGUUGAUUUUUAAAUAAAGUUAAGGCAUUUGUUGUAUAUAUUUUAUAGAGUGGACACUUUUUAAAUUUAAAUGUUAAGUAAAUUCAGCACACAGAUCACUCAAAGAGCCAAUUUAUAUGUACAUUUUAAGCACUUUUCG